UCGAAUCCAACUGCUGUGCUUUGUCCCUUCACUAAACCCUAAUCUCCUCCUCGCGCUCUGGUUCUACAGAGUCCCCAUCUGAUCUACCUUUACCUCACUCAUCCAUACAGAUAGGGAGAAAGAACUCGAGCUCGAGACCUUGAUCCCUAAAAUUCAUCAGCGGCAAUAACCAACCAUGGCAACUGGCUACGAGUAUGAAGACGCCGCAGCCGCCGCCAAUUAUGAUGAACAGAGUGGUUCUCACCGGCAAGACCUAGGUUAUGACCCGAAUUUCGUCCCCGAUUCGGUGAAAUCGUUCGUGGUGCAUCUUUACCGCCACAUUAGAGAGAAGAAUGUGUACGAGAUCCACCAGAUGUAUGAAACCUCCUUCCAGACCUUAUCAGAGCGCCUCUUCAAGGAAACUCCUUGGCCUUCUGUUGAUGCUGUGGCUCACUAUGUUGACAAUGAUCACGUUUUCUGCCUCCUCUACCGUGAGAUGUGGUUCCGCCACUUAUACGCGCGUCUCUCGCCUACUCUUAAGCAGAGGAUUGAUAGCUGGGACAACUAUUGCAGCCUUUUCCAGGUGGUGUUGCAUGGAGUGGUGAAUAUGCAGCUGCCAAACCAGUGGCUGUGGGAUAUGGUGGAUGAGUUUGUGUAUCAGUUUCAAAGUUUUUGUCAGUAUAGAGCUAAGAUGAAGAACAAGACUGAACAAGAAAUUGCUUUUUUGAGGCAACAUGAUCAGGCUUGGAAUGUGUAUGGCGUGCUUAACUUCUUGCAAGCAUUGGUGGAGAAGUCCAUGAUUAUUCAGAUUUUGGAGCAGGAGAAAGAGGGUCUUGAACAGUUUACAGCCACUGAUGGAUAUGAUUACAGUGGUGGGAGUAAUGUCUUGAAGGUUCUGGGAUAUUUCAGCAUGGUUGGUUUGCUACGAGUUCAUUGCCUUUUAGGUGACUAUCAUACUGGCCUGAAGUGCUUACUUCCCAUUGACAUCAGUCAACAAGGUGUUUACACCAGUGUUAUAGGAAGUCACAUAACUACAAUAUAUCAUUAUGGUUUUGCUAAUCUUAUGUUGCGGAGGUAUGUUGAUGCCAUUCGCGAGUUCAAUAAAAUCCUGUUGUACAUUUACAAGACCAAACAGUAUCACCACAAAUCUCCACAAUAUGAGCAGAUACUGAAGAAGAAUGAACAGAUGUAUGCUUUGCUGGCUAUUUGUCUUUCACUCUGCCCCCAAGUAAAGCUUGUUGAGGAGACUGUUAACUCGCAAUUGCGGGAGAAGUAUGGUGAAAAGAUGAUUCGAAUGCAAAGAUAUGAUGAUGAAGCAUUUGCCAUAUAUGAUGAGCUCUUCUCAUAUGCAUGCCCUAAGUUCAUUACACCCUCAGCCCCAAGUUUUGAAGAGCCUCUCGUAAACUACAAUCAGGAUGCUUACAGAUUGCAGUUGAAGCUAUUUCUUUAUGAAGUGAAGCAGCAACAGUUGUUGUCAGGUGUCCGGACCUUCCUGAAGGUGUAUUCAACCAUAUCUCUGGCUAAGCUUGCCAGUUACAUGGAGGUGGAUGAACCCACUCUAAGGACUAUCUUGAUGACAUACAAGCACAAGACUCAUGCUGUUGAUUCUGAGGGAAAGAUAAUCUCUAAUGCUGAUGUGGAUUUCUAUAUUGAUGAUGACAUGAUUCAUGUAGUUGAAUCAAAACCGUUGAAGAGGUAUGGUGAUUACUUUUUGCGGCAAAUUGUCAAGCUUGAAGGCGUGAUAAAUGAUAUGGAUCGGAUAAAGCUGGAAUGAGGCCUAUAACUUUGUAGAAUGUGUCUCCGUGACUUGGCCGAGAUUUUUUUAUCCAUUGAAAUUUUCCGCAUAUUCUUUUUGAAUUUAGUGCAAAAUGGUUAGGUUUGAAAUGUAAUUUUCUUCUUAUUUUAUGCAAGGAUAUCAACUUAUUUAGAAUGUUGUAAGGUGACUGGUGUAGUUUAGGUGCACUUGUGGCUGAAAAAGAUUGAAGUGCUUUGUAACAAUCAGAAAUAUCAACGGAUAAGUGUUUUUGUCAUAAUUUAAGUUUUAUUUGGCAGCAAAUGCUUAAAUGCGCAUGUCAUUGACUAA